UAGGAGACUCACAGUCCUUUCUUGGCAGCUGUCAUUAGAAGACUUCUGGGCUCCCUUCUGGAAGAAAGCCUCCCAUCUGAACCCUUUGCUCUCUGCAAACCGCUUCUCCUCGCCUUUCUAUUGUGCUCUGCCGCCUGCAUAAGAUCUUCACCUCCUUUGUAGUGGGAAGACUUACUUGAGGCUGUCCGAACGUCUGGCUGCAAUGGAGCUGUAUGGAAAGAUGGCCUCUGCCCAAGAUGCCAGGUUUGGCCAGAAAGACUCUUCUGACCAGAACUUCGACUACAUGUUCAAGUUGCUGAUCAUCGGCAACAGCAGCGUGGGCAAAACAUCUUUCCUGUUCCGCUAUGCGGAUGACUCCUUUACAUCUGCCUUCGUCAGCACAGUUGGCAUCGAUUUCAAAGUGAAAACUGUAUUCAAAAAUGAAAAGAGAAUCAAGCUUCAGAUUUGGGACACAGCAGGCCAGGAGAGAUACAGGACCAUCACCACAGCUUACUAUCGAGGGGCCAUGGGCUUCAUUUUAAUGUAUGACAUCACAAAUGAAGAGUCCUUCAAUGCUGUACAAGAUUGGUCAACGCAGAUCAAAACAUACUCUUGGGAUAAUGCCCAGGUUGUCCUGGUUGGAAACAAAUGUGACAUGGAAGACGAGCGGGUGAUCUCAACAGAGAGAGGCCAGCAUUUAGGAGAACAGCUUGGGUUUGAGUUUUUUGAAACCAGCGCCAAGGAUAACAUCAACGUGAAGCAAACCUUUGAGCGCCUUGUGGACAUCAUCUGUGACAAAAUGUCAGAGAGCUUGGAGACCGACCCAGCCAUCACAGCGGCGGCGGCAAAGCAGAGCACAAGACUCAAGGAAACCUCUCCUCCACCACAGCCCAACUGCGGAUGCUAAUGUCUCACGUCAGGAACUCUGAGGAGCUCCACAGCGGCCAAGAAACAGCAUUUAUAAGUGGUCUAUUAGCCUUCACUUAUACUGCCUAAUAAUUAUCGGAAGGAAGUCUUUGAUGUCAGUGGCCCAUAUAUGCAUUCAAACCCUGGGCAAUUUCCUGUGUUAGUAUGUGGCAAACUCAAUCUUACAUUUGUAAGGAUUAUUCAUCUAUAAACACCUGGUAUUUGCAUGUAAUUUGUUAUUUAUUUGUCUUUCGGAAAAAUUUUUUUCUCAAUUAAGCUACUGCUGAAACCUCAGACUAUAAUUUUAAUGCAAAUAACUUUUGUGCCACAGAUUCAAAUCAUGCUUCUCAUUUGUAAGGAUGAUGACCUAAGGACCCCGUGUGCGUGUGUGUGUGUGUGUGUGUGUGUGUGUGUGUGUGUGUGUGU